AUGGCGCCACACCAGCCGCUGUUGCAGCUCCUGCGCGGCCCUCGCGGCAAGCUCUGGGAGGUCUGCAUCGGCUUGGAGGUGCAUGCGCAGGUGCUCAGUCGAUCGAAGCUCAUGAGCGGCGCUGCAGCGGCCACGCUAUCGUCAGUGCGACCCAAUCGCCACGUCGGUUUCCUCGACGCUGCAAUGCCCGGUACGUUACCGGUCGUGAACCGCGAGUGCGUCCACCAAGCGAUCCGCACGGCUCUGGCUCUGAACGCAACUGUUCAUACGCGAUCGCUGUUUGAGCGUAAACACUAUUUCUACUGCGAUCUGCCGCUGGGCUAUCAGUUGACGCAGCAAAGAGCGCCCGUGGCGUCUGGAGGCGCGUUGCGCUUUGACGUUGCGCUGUCGAAGGUCGUGAAUGAACACGGAGGCGAUUGGGGGUCAAACGAGACGACGUUUGAUGCGUCCAAGUUCAAGUCGAGGAAGGAGAAGAACGAGGCGCGGACACGUUGGAAGGCCGAGCAGAUGAGCAACCAGCAGGACGUGGUUUCGAGGACUGUACGAGUUUGUCGCAUCCAGUUAGAACAGGACUCAGGUAAAAGCAACCACGACUUGGAGGAAGAGCACACUGUUGUGGACUUGAAUCGUGCUGGUACGGCGCUGCUGGAAAUCGUGAUGGAACCCGAUCUGCGGAGUCCGCUCGAAGCUGGCCAGGUGAUGCGCCAGCUGCAGCACUUGCUGCGCCAUUUGGAUGUGUGCGAUGGAAACAUGGAGGAAGGAUCGAUGCGUUGUGAUUUGAAUGUCAGUGUGCGACCGACUCAUCUUGGAGAGGAUGCUGAUGCAGAGACCCUCCAUCGUGCGUUGACAUCGACUGCUGCAGCUUCUUUCGGCGAAAGGGUAGAGGUGAAGAACAUGAACAGCAUUCGCAAUAUGGUGCGCGCAGCUGAGUACGAGGCAAGACGGCAGAUCGCGCUCAUCGAGGGAGAAGGUGGAGAGGUGCACCGUGAGACGCGUUCUUUCGACGCCGCGACUGGAAAAACUAGACGCAUGCGAUCAAAAGAGGGAGCGAAGGACUAUCGUUUCUUUCCUGAUCCGGAUCUGCCUCCCCUCGUCUUUACAAAGGACGUUGUUGAGGAAAUUAGUCGAAACAUGCCGGAACUGCCUGAUGCGCUUGAACGUCGACUGCGUGCUCAGUAUGGACUCACAUCUUACGAAAGCUCGGUGCUGGUGAAUGAACCUGGAGCAGCACGCUACUUCGAGUCAAUUGCAGCACAAAACUCGAGACCUUCGAAAUUGGUUGCAAAUUGGGUCCUCAACGAUUUGUUUGGGCAUUUGAAAGCGUCGAACGGUGACGUUGGCAGUUGCCCGGUGGAAGCUGCGGAACUCGGUGCUCUCAUUGACCUUAUUCAGGACGGGACCAUAUCGGGCAAAAUUGCCAAGGAUGUACUAGAGUUGAUGUUUUACGAAAAUGAGGCCAGAAAAACUCCGCUGCAAAUUGUAGAAGAGAGGGGGUGGAAGCAGAUUGAAGAUGUCGAAGAGAUUCGUGCAUACUGCCACGCUGUCCUCGGUGACCCGAACACAAAGAAGAAUCUUGAGGCGUACCAAAACGGCAAGACGCAGCUGUUCGGGUUUUUCAUCGGUCAGGUAAUGAAGCGUUGUGGCGGGCGGGUUCACCCAGAGCUCGCGAAUAGCGUUAUGCGAGAGACUCUUGACAAGCUCAAUCAAUAG